UGAACAGAGAGAGAGAGAGAGAGAGAGAGGAGAGACCAUCAUUGGUUUGCCAGUGAAGCAAAUGCUUCUCCUUCCCCUCGUUCCAUCCUCUCAAUUUCUUGUUCCCACUCAACUCACUCCAUUAAGCAACCCACAAUAAAAAUCCCAUUUUUCCCCCCAAAAGAGUUGGAAAACGACAAUUGCAACGUCGAACAUAGAUCUGUUUCGCCUCCUACAAUCUCUGACGAUCCCGACGCGUCGACGAGGCGCCCAAGUUACGGUUUCACUGUUUUGCAAACCUCGUGGGAAGAAAUGAAUGGCGCCCAGGAUUGUUUAACCAAUUGGAGUGUCAAGAGCUGAAUUUUACUCUAGUUGAUGUGAACUUCGGCCGAGGUGGAUGACUUGGAAGAGGACAUUGGUGAAGGAUAAGCUUGCAAUGGGGGAAUUCAUGCCGAUUUAUUUCAACAUCAUCGCGCUUAUUUGCACAGUGGGGGCGAUCGCGAUAGCAGUUCACCACAUUUAUAUGCACUUGGUGAAUUACACCGAGCCAACUUAUCAAAGAUUUAUAGUCCGCAUCAUCUUCAUGGUGCCGGUGUACGCAUUGACUUCUUUCUUAUCCCUCAUAAUGAACGAGCAUUCAAUUUAUUUCAAUUCCAUUCGUGAGGUGUAUGAAGCUUGGGUUAUUUAUAAUUUUCUAUCACUCUGCCUCGCAUGGGUUGGUGGUCCAGGAGCCGUUGUGCUGAAUUUAAGUGGUCGGGUUUUGAAACCAUCUUGGCACUUAAUGACAUGCUGCUUACCUCCAAUGCCAUUGGAUGGGCGCUUUAUUCGUAGGUGCAAACAAGGUUGUCUGCAGUUUGUGAUACUGAAGCCCAUUCUGGUUGCCGUCACACUCGUCCUCUAUGCGAAGGGAAAAUAUCAUGAUGGAAAUUUCAGUCCAGCACAGUCAUACCUGUAUCUCACCAUCAUCUAUACUUUAUCAUAUACAAUGGCACUUUAUGCUUUGGUACUAUUCUAUGUGGCAUGCAGAGAUUUGCUCCAGCCAUUCAAUCCAGUUCCGAAGUUUAUAAUCAUCAAGUCCGUUGUCUUUCUAACUUAUUGGCAGGGCGUCUUGGUUUUCCUUGCUGCAAAGACUGGAUUAAUCAGAGAUGCGGAUGAAGCUGCUCAAUUCCAAGAUUUCAUAAUAUGUGUGGAGAUGCUUAUUGCUGCAGUAGGUCACCAAUAUGCCUUCCCUUACAAAGAGUAUGCGGGUGCAAAUAUUGGUGGUCCUCGUAAUUUUACCGCGAGUCUUGCACAUGCACUAAAGUUAACUGACUUUUAUGAUGACACUGUCCACCAGUUUGCACCAACUUACCAUGAAUACGUACUCUACAACCACGACGGUGGCGAUGAGGGAACAAGGAAAUACAGGUCACGCACCUUUGUGCCAACUGGCCCGGAAAUGGACGCUGUUAGAAAGAACAAGCACAUGUUUGGUAACAAAAUGGAUGAAGUGCAACUCUCCAGCAUGUCUUCUUCUGCUUCUAGCACUCCCAAGAAAUCAUCGACAGUGCCCGAUUCUGCUACCGGGUCAGAGACCAUGAAGUCUUCCCUACUUGUCGACCCAUCAAACUCUUCUGCAGUCCCCUACGACAUGUCGCUCAUUGAUGUGGACAUGUCCAGUUAUCCUCCGCAUGUUCCCGCAGCAGAUGAAGCUAGACAAAGAUGACUAGUCAAGCAGUUAUCUUCUUUGAUGAAGGUACAAGAUUACUGUCGGGCAGACUAACACGAGGAUGAAAGAAACACGAUAGAACGACAGAAUUUUGCGUGUUGUUUGAUUUGGGACCAAUUUGCACCUAAGUUUGUGUAGUGUGAUGCAGAAACUGAGCUAGGCUUCUCCCUGAAAGUGUCCUUAUAAGAGCCUAAUUGUCUGCUGAGCACUGUAGGUACAGAAAUCUGUUACGUACUGGUAAGCAGAGAGUAGUCAUGUAAUUAUCUGCACCACUCUCUUUUUUUUU